AUGGUAACUGUGAUAGAAGAUAAAGGAGAAUUACCCACACCUGUUAAUAAUGGUAUUACUGUCGAUUCACAUGAUAAUGAACGAACAUUUCAAUAUGUUAAAGAUUAUCAAGAAGUUGAUUUUCAUCGAUCGACAUCAUGUAAACCUUUACCUGAAGAUUUAGUUGGGUUAACCGAUGGUCAAAUAACGAAAUCUUCAAUCAAAGGCACGUUUUUUGUGCAAAUCGAUUCUAUUGAAUCAAUAGCAAUAUUCAAUAAUAAAAAUGAUAAUAAUCAACUAGAACAAAUUCAUGAUAAUAAUUCUUUGAUUUUAACUAUAACCGAUGGCAUUACAACUGUAAAAGGUAUUACAAAUGAUAAUAUUCCUGACCUAAGUUUUAAUAUACGACCCGGUUGCAAAUUAUUAUUAACCGGUAUAAUCUUAAUUAAAGAUGGUUUAUUACAAUUAACACAAGACAAUACACGUUUUCAAUAUGGCAGUAAUACAUAUCCCCGACCGCGAUCUGCUUAUCGAGUUAUGUAUACAUUUUUGUUGAAAGGUGGUGGCGUUGGUAAUAGUAAUAAUCGAUAUGAUAACGAUGAUAAUACAUCGAAUUUUCUUAAAGGACCACCACCAAAAAAUACUUUAAUGGAUUUUAUGACAUCAAUAAAAAUCUCAAAUGAUAUUAAACAAACAAUAGAUAAUGAUAAUCAAAAGUUAAAAGAUCGACAUGAAAAUAAACGUCGAAAUACUGAACAAUAUUAUCAAACGAAUAAAACUACAAAUAGUAUUAAUACAACGAAUGCAUUAAUAACGAGUAAUUCAAAUCAACAUUAUCAAUCGAAUAAUAAUAAUUAUACAGAUCAAAUAAUAUUUCAACAAGAAGGAAUUCACGAUCAAUUAGAUCCGGAAGAUGAUUCAUCUCAUUCAAAUUAUCGCGAAAGAAGAAAUCCUUUACCCCCUAGACUUCAACGUGCUCAAGAAGAACGUACUCGUCGAAAUACAAAUCGUUAUUAUGAUGAAUCAACAUCAUUAAAUGAAAAUGAAGCAAAUGGUAAUUAUCGUAAUGGUACCAUGAAUAAUAACUCAUUGUCUUCCUCAUCAUCAUAUACACGACAUGGAGAUCCCAUGUCCUAUAUUCCUCAUAAUGCAUCUAAUGGUCAACCACAUACAACUACUAUUAAUUCCUAUGCAUCAUAUGGGAAUAUGCUUGCACCUGCACUUGGUUCAACUCCAACUCAUCUAGCUUAUUUUUCAGCUAAUCCGCCGGGUCAUUUAACAUAUAGUCUUACUAGUAUUCCAAGUCCAUCAUUUCAUAGUCAACAACCAUCGAUGGGUCCUGGAUAUGCAAAUGAUCAUUUAACAUUCUGUUAUAGAGCUCCAUAUGUAGCUCCGACUUAUCUUCCAUCUGGAGUUACUAAUGGUUUAAAUGAUGAUUCAAAAAUUUAUAAUAAUAAUAAUUCAUCUGUUUUACAAACAAAUUCAUGCGUUGAUGAAAAUGAAAUAAAACCAACAAAUGAAUCUCAACAAGAUGAAAAUAAAAAUAAUGAAAAUAAAUCUCAAUCUUCAUCAAUCGAACAAAAAGCAACUUCAUCAUCAUCAUCGUCCUCGUCGUCAUCGUCAUCAUCAUCAUCAUCAAAUGAUGGAAAUAAUAGUUCUCAACAAGUUAUUGCUGAACAAAAUGAAGAUAAACGUCGAGAUACAAAUUCAAAUUCACGAAUACGUUGGAGAAUAGGUGAUUUUUGUUUAGCUCGAUGGAGUGAAGAUCAAGAAUAUUAUGUCGCUUCUAUUGUUCAUAUUCAACCUCCUUAUUGUGUUGUUUUAUUUCGUGAUUAUCAUAAUUACGACAAAUUACAUUUUAGUGAAUUGAAAAUACUGCCGCGUGAUCAACAAUAUUACCAAUAUGUUCCACCAAUAGCUGUACCACCACCUGAUUUAAAUGUUCUUGCAAAUAAUAUUUGUUUUCCGCCACGUACAAAUUACUAUCCUCCAACAACUGAUGAAUGUAUAAUAAUGCCAGAAGCUCCACCAUUUCCAUUUAAUUCUGCCGGUACAUUAUAUAUGUGUCCACCAACAUUAACAUCUAUUUCACGUUCAAAUAAUCGUUAUAAUACAAAUGGUUUAUCAUCUUUUCAACAGAUAAAUAGACGUAUGGAAAAUGGAAAUAUUAAUAAUAUUAAUCAUACAAAUAUUGAUACAACAAUAGAUUCUUCAUCAACACCAAGUAAAGAUUCAAAUGAUACAAGUAUAAUUGAUUCAACAACAAUAUCAAUUGAUGAUAAUCAACAAUUACAACAACAACAACAACAAGAUAUAUUAUUAUCAGCAGAAGGAAUUCGACGAUGUUCUAUUGCUGAUGCACCUAUAAUGCUAAUUACACAAGAUGAUGAACAUGAACGUAGUACAAGUACAGAAAGUUUAGCAAGUAGUAAAUAUGACGAACAACAAUUGACAAAUGAAGAGGAAAAACAAGAAAAUAAUUCUGUGGUUAUUGUCAAUUAA